AUGGGCCUCACCUUCUUCUCCCUCUUCUCCCAUCUCUUUGGCAGGAAGCAGAUGUGUAUUUUGAUGGCUGGAUUGGAUGCUGCUGGCAAGAUGACCACUCUGUAUAAACUGAAGUUAGGAGAGAUAGUCACCACCGUUCCUACCACUGGUUUUAAUGUGGAAACAGUAGAAUAUAAGAACAUUUGUUUCACAGUAUGGGAUGUUGAUGGUCAAGAUAAAAUUAGGCCUCUCUGGAGGCAUUACUUCCAAAAUACCCAGGGUCUUAUUUUUGUGGUAGAUAGCACUGAUCGUGAAAGGAUUCAGGAAGGAGCAGAAGAGCUGCAGAAAAUGCUUCAGGAGGAUGAGUUGUGAGAUGCAGCGUUGCUGCUUUUUGCAAACAAACAGGAU